GUGAUGAGAAAGUUUACGCGGCUGUCGCCGGGUGUUUUCAAUUUUCACAAGAUAUGGGUAGGUAAGCAAGAGCCGUGUCAAGUAAGAUCGUCCAGUAACGCCAGAGAGUCAUUUGCAAUUACCUAUUCCGAUUUUGGAGACCCAAGGAAAGUUCUAAGAAAAGAAUCUAUUCCAAUGCCAACAGAACUCGAAAGCUCUCAGAUUCUUGUGAAGAUGUUGAUGGCUCCUAUUAAUCCGUCAGACAUCAACAUGAUAGAAGGAACAUACCAUAUUAGACCAAAAUUGCCUUCUCAUGUCGGCAAUGAAGGGGUAGGAGAGGUUGUUGAUGUAGGCAAAAGUGUUGAGAACUUUCAGAAGGGAGAUUGGGUGUUGCCAGCACAUGCUGGCUGGGGCACUUGGAGGACAUAUGCAUUAUGUGAGGAAUCUAGCGUACAGAAGAUCAAGAAUGAUAUUCCUGUCCUUGGUGCUGCGACUCUAGCUGUCAAUCCGUGUACGGCCUACAGAAUGCUUAAAGAUUUUGUCCCAGUGAAGCAGGGAGACAUUGUUAUUCAGAAUGGUGCCAACAGUUCUGUUGGGCAAUGUGUAAUUCAGCUGGCAAGAGAAUGGGGUAUUACUACUAUAAACAUCAUAAGAAAUAGACCCGAUGUUGAUAAGCUGACAAGCCAACUAAAAGAUCUUGGAGCUACACAUGUUGUGACAGAAGAAUUUGCAUCGUCACGAGAAAUGCGGGAUAUGGUAGCAAGCUUACCAAAAGCUCCAAUGUUAGCAUUGAAUUGUGUGGGUGGAAAAAGUGCAACUGAAUUGACACGCUUUUUAGGCCAAAAUGGUGUCAUGGUAACAUAUGGAGGGAUGUCAAAAAAACCUGUUGUUGUUCCUACUGGUGCAUUUAUCUUUAAGGAAAUUCGUUUGGCUGGAUAUUGGAACACACAAUGGAAUGCAUUAAACAGUAAAUCUCCAGAAAAAGUGAAAAUGUAUAAGGAUAUAUGCGACUUAAUGCGAGCUGAAAAAUUUUUUCCUCCAGAGAGUGAUCUAGUUCCUUUCGAAAAAUUUGAAGAUGCUGUUGCUGAAGCAAUGGUAGGAUUCCGUCAACAAAAAAAAGUUCUUGUGAUGGAUGACAAGUUUUUUUAAACUUGGCUUUAAAUUUUUAAAAUAACUGAUGCCUAUUACAGAAAAUAAAUGUUGCAAUCAGAUUGAAUGAUAGAUUUCAGAUAUCUAAUAGAAGUUAAUAAGAAUUCAGAUUCAAAUUAAAUAUUUGUUUUUUAUUUUAUUGGAAAUAAAAUGUGUUUUCAGA